GUUAUAUCUUAGCCUCUAUUUACGAAUGUAAUAAUUAAAAUGAAUUUGUGUUUUAGAUGACAUCCAUGGUACACAUUUUAUUACCGGAUUUGAAGGGAAAGGUCUUAGAACAAAAAAUAAUUGUGCCAUUUGCUAUGGGUUCAUUGAUAAAAUUAUAUAUAACAGUUCAAAAUCCAGUUAAGAUACAAGAUUUGAUGACACCAGAAUUCUGGGAAAGUAAUGUACUUUCGUAUUGCAAUCGUAAAACAGUGGCUUCUUCAAAUUUUAUUGGUGAAACUUUUUCGACAGUGGACUUGGGACUGACAUCAGUUAUGGGAAAGAAAUUCAUGACAAUCGGUUUAUGGUGUGAUAGCGAAACAGUAGAAGCCAAUGGACUGUUGGAACUGUAUAAAUAUAUAUCUAUUCAAGACCACGGGGAUUUGCGUCGAAGAAGGGCAUUUUUUUAUGGGAUACUUCGUAUUUUGAAAACCGCAUUAGGAGUAAUCAGAGACGAUUUGUUACAAAAAUUAAUUGAACAUUUUAGUCAGAUGCUAUAAUAUGGAUAAAAUAUGGUAUAAUAUGAAUAUCACAAAAAUUUAUAAUUUAAAGUCUUGUAACGGAGCAAACUAACAAAAACGGCCCUUCUCUUUUUAUCGUACCAAUUACUGUAAGUUUAUAAUCUUUUAGUAGUUUUUGUGUAAGAGGAAUAUUUGUGAACCAAUUGUCCAUUGUAAUAUUGCGGUUUGAUCCUUUUACUGACGAUACUAACAGUUCAACAAAAUAAUUUGAUGCUGACACGUUACUUGGGACCAGAGUUGAGAUGUUUAAAACUUUUUGUUUUAAACACUUGUUUAAAACAUGUUUUAAACAUCUAAAUUAAUCAAACAUGGUUUUGUUUAAAACGUUUAAAACAAAUGAUUUAAACAACAUAAAAAAAACAGUUGUUUAAAACAGAAAAACAUAAUUUAUGUGCAUAUAACUUCAUACUGGGAACUCCUAUCUAUUAUUUUUUUUUUGUUUCAUAAACAAAAUUUAUAACAUUUAUAUCUUAUAAUUAUAAUUUCACUUAUUCAAAUUACCAACAGUAUACUUUUAUGGUUCUAUUACUUCUGUAGUUCUGUAGGUAAUAUAUUUGUUUAAUUUUAAUUUUUCAUACCUAUUUCAUUUAAA